CAACAUUCCUCAAGUAGACGUCGCUUCAACGUCCUAUAAAUGGAAUGGACUAUGGUCACAACCCCCAUUGCAACCAAGGACUUGGUGUUUGUCAAUAUGAAGGUUAAUGCAGCAGAAAGUUUAAUGUUGGGGUUAAUCGCAACUGUAUUGAUGUUAAGCAGACAGUGCGUAGCAAGUACUACCUGCGAUGCUAAUACAUGCAAAAAUGAAGGAACAUGUGAUGAUAGCAGCGGUACAGCUGUCUGUACAUGUGCGCCUGGCUGGGAUGGAAACACUUGUGAAGAUGUUUCGUGUGACAACAAUCCAUGCCUGCAUGAAGGGACGUGUGCAGUUUCAACCCUGUCUAUUGUCUGCACGUGUGUCACUGGCUACGGUGGAGACAGAUGUGAACUCGCUCCAAAGUGCACAGAUACAACUGCCUGUGAAAACGGAGGCACCUGUAAGGCUGACACCAACACUGACCAGCAUAUCUGUUUCUGCGCUCCAGGCUUUGGAGGGGACCUAUGUACUGACGUGCCGCUGUGCAAAGACGAUACUGAAUGUGAAAAUGGUGGAACCUGCAACAAAGACAGUGGCCAGUAUGUGUGUGACUGCAUCCCGGGUUAUGGAGGAGACACGUGUCAGCUUGCUCCAAAGUGCACAGAUGCGAAGCCCUGUGAAAACGGCGGUACCUGUCAGGCUGACACCACUGACCAGCAUAUCUGUUUCUGUGCUCCAGGCUUUGGAGGGGACCUGUGUGCUGACGCUUCGUGCGACAACAAUCCGUGCGAGAAUGGAGGAGCGUGUUCAGUUGAAAACAGCGCAAUUGUCUGCACAUGUACAUCUGGCCACGGUGGAGACAGAUGCGAACUCUUGCCCCAGUGCACAGACGAUAGCGAAUGUGAACAUGGUGGAACCUGCAACAAAGACAGUGACCAGUAUGUGUGUGACUGCACCCCGGGUUAUGGAGGAGACACGUGUCAGCUUGCUCCAAAGUGCACAGAUGCGAAGACCUGUGAAAACGGCGGUACCUGUCAGGCUGACACCACUGACCAGCAUAUCUGUUUCUGUGCUCCAGGCUUUGGAGGGGACCUGUGUGCUGACGCCUCUGGUGCUGCGGCGAUAUCGGCGCACUUCCUGCUGCUCACGGUUGUUGCUGUUCUCGCAAAGCUGAACCUCAACUGAAUACAACCGGACCGGAACAAGGCCAUACUGUUUCUUAGAUGUGUAACAUUUGCCCACAAGAGUUGGUAGAAGUAGAUAUAGAUUGUAUUGAAUGUAAUGAUUGAUUAAUUGUGUUAAUUAGACACGUGCUCAAUGUGGUCACAGUAAUAUACUCCAACAUUUUGAACAGUAGACCUGGUGUACAGAAAGUAUUGAUGGUUUUCCUGAUGCCAUUUACGACAAGUAUUAUCCUGAUCAGAAAUUUGAACAGCGGAUAAAGGGAACAUAUUUGCGAAGAAGAACCCCAGCAGCAUAUCUAGAAAAGAACAAGUCACUGUGUGUUAUUCGGGCCUGCAUUUCAGGGCUAUUUUGUAUUUUUCUGUUUCAUUACAAUGUAAUUACCUCACUGUAGAUAAGAAGACAAAAUUCGUCCCUGGUUACUUUUAGGCCAUUGAUGACAUGUUACUGAUGACGUGGAACUCUCCCCCAGGGACCACCGACACAGAGUAAAUGUUAUCUACUUCUUACCUACUGUGACAGUGAGCAAUUAUUACCAAAGGGUGUUAUUCUAUUAUUAUGUAUAACAUGAUGAAUAAGGACUGAUUUACUUUAUAAUAAAUAAAACAUGUAUUCCAGUGACAGUGAGCGAUUGUUACCUACCAACCCAAAGUGUGUUAUUCUUUUAUUUUGUAUGUGAUGAAUUGUGAUUGAUUUUCUUUAUAAUAAAU